AUCUAUAGGCCUUGGCUUUUAAUUUACAGUAUGAAACUGUCUAAUGAAAUAACAGUAUUUUACUGUUGGAAAUGGCCUGUUUUUAAACAGCAUUUUUUUAACAGUGUAGCUUAUAAUUGACACUCUUGUGACCUGUGACUUGAUGCUCUUUUGAAUAAACAGGAUUUUAAUACACAAAGUGAGAGUGACCAUCCAUGUAAAGCAUGGAAGAAAGCCAUUUGAAUAUCAAAUUUUUAUUAGAUUAGUAAUCAUUUAAAUUAAUUACUAUGUAACAGCGUGCUUAUCUCUUAACAUUUUAUUGGUUUCUCUAAUACACAUAUGAUUUUUUUGUAUCAGUCCUGCAGGCAAAUAUAAAUACAAAAUUUUAAUAUAAAUAGAAACUUUAAAAACAGGAAUUUACAAAUUUCUAAAAUGCUACAAUAAAUAUAAAUAAAUGAUUUAAGUCACAAUAUUGACUUUUGCUUUAGAGGAUAUGUGUAAUGAUGCAUGCUAAUCUUGAACUUUCAUUAUGACAAUUAUUAUUAUUUUAAAUGUUAGUAAAAGCGUAAUAUGCUUUGUUUUGACGUGCCGUGUAAGGGUGGGGUCAGACCAAAGGAUUAGAGAGUGCUGUAAUAGUGAGUUAACACCAGUUUAAGUAACUGUAGGGGUGGAUUCACUGUAAUACUUGACCAUCUGAAGUGACACCAGAAGUGUACAGCUGUGUAUAAAUAUAAAGAGUUUGGAAGACUGGAUCCUACAUUGAGAUCAGUGUGCAGUGAUGGUGAAACAUCAACGAGGAGUUGUGACAGCAGUUAUGAACAUGAGUUUGUUUGCGCUGCUUCUGCUGUCAGGACUUCUGUGCAGCGCUUCUGGUCUUUGGCGAGAGUAUCACUACAUAAACAUAAGUAUGACAUGGACAGACGCUCAGAGUUACUGUAGAGAGAGAUUCACUGAUCUGGCUACUGUAGACUCAAUGGAUGAUGUGAACAGGAUGAUGAAUACAGUGAAUUAUGGCUACAGUGGAUCAGUCUGGAUUGGACUGCAGAAGGGAACACAGAGUCGUUGGCUUUGGUCAAAUGGAGAAGAUACCAUUUCACAGUACAAUGCAUGGGACACAGGAAAACCUACUGGAGAAGAUUGUGUAGCUUCUUUCAGUAGUGUCUGGAUCGAUAAUUCAUGUACUACAAGCUAUUUGACCUUUGUGUGCUACAGUGUAACUAGUGGAUACGUCAGAAUAAACGAAUGGAAACGCUGGACAGAUGCUCAGAGUUACUGCAGACAACAUUACACUGAUCUGGCCACCGUCCAUAACUCUCAAGAGCAGAAGCAGCUUUAUGCAUCUGUUGGAGAUACCUGGUCAACCGUCUGGAUCGGUCUGUACAGAGAAUCUUGGCAGUGGUCUGAUCAGUGGAACCUCACCUUUAGAAACUGGGCAACAGGACAACCAUUGCAGGCUUCUGGUGACUGUGUUGCCAUGUCAACAACUGAUUCUGGGAAAUGGGUUCGAUACAGCUGUGACCAACAGUACCAUUUCAUCUGCCAUGGAGAGGACAAGUCAGUAAAAAGACAGAUUGUCAGAUUAAACUUGGCCCAGGAUGAAAAAUACAAUUUAAAUGAUCCUUCACUACAGACCGCCACAUUGAAUGAGAUACGUGGAAAGCUAAAGACCUUGGGGCUGGGAGGCUUUAAGAGCAUAAAGUGGAGAAAGGAUGAAGUUGGACAGGUUUCUCCUCUGACUGGCAAACACACAGCAAAUGUAAAUUACAAAUGUAAUAUGAACUAAUAGUCAAUGUACUUCUUUAAACUGAACUUUAAACUAUACUCCAAUAAUAAUAAUACAAAAAUAUAUCACAUCUACUUGUUUUAACUCCGCUCUAGUUUACAUGCAUAAAUAUAUUUCUUUUCACUCAUGCAGAAAUGUGACAAUGAGAACGUUUAAAUUUUUUAAAAAUGUUUUCUAACAUGUCUUAUAACUACACAUUGUAUUUAUAAAGCUAUAACUUUUUGCGAACAGAAGAAUAAUAUCUUUCCUAUUAUAAAAUGUGAUGGACAUUUAAUCGACAUAACCUGUGCAUUUUUGUGUGAUGUCUAGUGUCGAUAUUUCGAAAGGUGUGAAUAAGAGACAGCUGAAUGUAUGUAUAUAACUCAUUAAGUGCACCUUUUAGUGAGGUAUGAGUCUGCUGUAAGUCAUUGAAAAAUACAAGUAUAAAGGCCAACAAGAAGAGAAAUUGCUUUAUGUGAUUGGCUGAUUGCCCUGUCAAUCAAUUAACCCCCAAUGCCUGCUCACAGUUCAGUUCACAAAAUGACAUGGAUAUGUUAAACUAUGACAUUUUGCUCAUGUGACUUUAUUUUAGUACACUAUAAGACAGUUUUUCCGGACGGGGUUUAAAUUUACCCAGAAAUAAGCCUUAGUUAUAUUUGAAGAUUAAAGUAGUUUUUACAAACAAACCUUAACUUUAACAAAACCAUACUGGUGUGCAUCUUGAGACAAAACAAUGACACUAAUAUAUGUAAAGAUAUACCAAGAUGUUUUUAAAUUAAGGCAGCUCAAACAUGCACUUUAGUCUGGGACUAGGACAAAUCCUGUCCAGAAAGUGCCCCAAUAUCUUAACAAAAAUAGCGUAGGGUAAAUGUUCCCUGUCAUGAGGAAAAAUCAAAUGGAAAUGGAGCAUAAAUUUGCAUUCGACUAAGCUAAACAAAACACAGAGGAGACUUCACCUCAUUACAUACACCACGACCUUACAACAGGCAUAUGGAAAUCUUAAGCAAAUACAGUGCAUAAUAAAAAUACAUUUUCCAUUUUCUGUAAUAUAUGGUUAUUAAAGAAUUCUAAGUUGGAAAUGAUGCUUGUGUAUAUGCAGUAUGCACCCACUGAAUUGUAUUUUGUGCUUGUGAAAAGUUUUAAAAUACUGAAACCUUUUGUGCAUUACCACAUUCUUA